AUGGUCAGGGCUCUGCGCAUCGAUCAUCCUGCUGGCACCACAGUGAGUCUUGCCGACGUGCCACUGGGCGAGUGGUACCCGUUCUUUAUGCAAUGGCAGGUUCCUGUGGUCGUCUCUAUUGCGUACACACUCCUGUCGUUCAUGUUCAAUCCAGCAUCUAGCAAGCUGAAUGUGAAGCAGGAUGGUUCAUUGAAGCCAAAGAAGUCCAUCUUUACGCCGAUGACCAUGUUCAUCUGCUUCCACAACGCGGUUCUGGCUGUGUACUCGGGGUGGACCUUCAUGACGGGCUGGUUUGGUGGUCUCUGUGAUAUCGACGGAUCCAUAUGGAACUCGGUGCUGUUUACACAUAUGUACCUGUUCUACCUGGCCGUCGCGCGUCGCUACUUCAGAUAUACCACCACGCAGGGCGUUAUCAUGAUCAUGUACUAUGCCAACUACUACGCGUCAUCGGCCGCGGUGUUUAUUGUGUGGGAGAACGCCUGGUGUCCAUACAGUCAUCAGUAUCUGACCUCGCUACAAAUCUUCCAGUUCCUUUUUGGCCAGAGCUUCGUCGUUGCCUACAUGUGCAUGUCCAACUGCCAGACACCUGACCAGCAAAAGUGGCUGUAUAUACUGACGGCCUACCUGCUUCCACUUAUCUACCUGUUUGUUCAGUUCUUCCGCUCGACAUACAAGCGGCCUGCAGAGAAGAAGAAGGCACAGUAG